AUGGAUUUCAAUGGCGGUGAACUAUGCACUCUGGAUAUGCCCUAUGGCAUGCAACCAGCCGGAUAUCCUCGAGACCCCCAUUUAGGGGAGUCGGGUCCGCCUGUCGGCAGCAGUGGUGAACAGCCUACGGGAGCAGUCUGCGAUAAGUCAUCUCUCAAUCAUCAUCAUCAUCAGCAUCAGCAUACUAUGUAUAAUUUUGACUGCACUCCCCAAGUGACCUCAUUAAAUGAGGGUUCGGCAGUUGCACCUGUGACUCAAACCAGCGAAGUAUUUCAAAUGACACUUGCACCUCCCAUGGAGAUACAAAUCAAUGAAUCAAUAUCUCAGGCCUCUUCAGAGCUGGCUUUCCAUACUACGGAGACUUCAUACGGCCAAGUAUAUACACACGAAAAUGUGGAGCCGAUUGUCUCCACCAGCAAAGGCCAGACAGUUUGCAUUUCAAACUCCGGACUUUCGGAGGCGGAGAAGGGGUUGUCGGCCAUAUCCCACUCAGAGACUUCCGUGUCUUGCCAUUUGACAAAUCCAUCGACCAUGGUGGAGAUGCGCAUGAUUGAUGCAAUUAGAACCAGUACUUAUGCUGCUGACAGGCCAGCAAAUCCAGUCUACAUUGAAGAGGCAGAAAUGGCUCAGAUGAUUCAGCCACACAGUCCACCGACCCGAAGGGAGACCCAACCACGACGUCAUCGUUACAAACCCGUCUGUCUGGGUUGUCAUCGCGGUUUCGGUAGCAAACGGCGAUGCCGCAACCUGCUGAGCCGUGGCUUUCCGACCCUCAAGCGUAACGAACUCCCCGCUGCACACGCGAUGCAUAUGUCACAGAAACUGCUGUUUAAUGCCUACGAAAAGAGUACUGAUCAUUCGGACAACCAUUCUGCCCAUGAGAUGGCUCCAACGGACAGAGUGCAGGCGUGCUUUUCUGCCUCUGCUGACGUCAACCAGCCCUGCUCUUCCACUCGGGUGUCGGCUACGGGUGCCGUCAGCAUCAGCCAUGGCGGUUCCGACUUCUGCCUAAAGGAGACUGUUGCAGAGACCGCGCAUAGGAUGCUAGCUGCUAACGUUUUGGAACACAAUAUGAGCGUGGAAACUAAUCAGUUCUCCAGUCUAGAGGCACUCAACACCCCAUACCAUGGCCUUGACUCACAGAACCAACAACAGCAGCAGCAGCAGCAACAUCAACAACCACAUCAUCAGACAUCACAGGCACCGGGUCUUUCAGCAUGCCUGAACACGUACCAAACGGACGCAGUGUCUGUUCUGAGUCAAGGCUCUGGCAACUCGAUGGAUCACUUGCUGAUGCAACUACAACAAACGCAACACCAAUCCCAACAGCAGCAGCAGCAGCAGCAACAACAGCCGCUACGUCAUCAGUCGGCGGAGGACCCGGGUCAACCCAGAAGCCACGACCAAGAAAUCAGGAGCGAGUGCGUGGCUAGACUGCGUUCGAAACGGUACUCUCUGGGCGAACCGUUGGUGAGCUCCCAAUUACUGCAACAACAGCAGCAGCAGCAGCAGCGCAGAAGUAGUCGGCACGCUGCCUCACUCUAUGCCGUUUCACCGCCCUCAGCUACAAUCUCCACAAGAGUAAUUACCCCCCCCCGCCUGCCCCCAUGCUUUCCUGUUUCUCCUUAUCAAGCUGAUGAUCAGAGGGUGUGUAGCUGCUUCAGACAGCCAACAGUUGCACACACGCGCGCACGGCGUGACUUAGGGCAGAGGGGGUGGGGGCAGAGAUGCAGACGAAGGUCUUUAUGA